AUGACAAAUCAAGGCCAGGAGAUAAAGAAGUUUCUCCGUUACGCCAUUUUUACGCCUUUUGUGCUCAAGAACCAGCGACCCUUAUACAUCACAUCACCAGGUCCUAUCCUAAUCGACGACGUGUUCAUCUCGUCGGCAUCGCCCAUAUGUGUGGCGAAUCCAUGCCACGUUUCUAUCACAUCUACAGUGCCACUAAGUUCCGAUUUUGUACGAGGCUGCGAGAUGAAUGACGGUCUGUCUAUUGAAGCAUCUUACAAGAAGAACGCGCUCAAGGUACAUAUUAAGGAAAUUCAUAUUCUCCGCUUCAACAUGCUACAGCGCCUUUUUGCCUACUUGCGUCCACCUCUCACCUUAAAUUACCUCAUCCAGAGGAUCGAGGUACACAUAAGUCCAGAAGCUAGCUAUCAGUGGAACGUGCAUCUCCUGGCAGAAUGA